AUGGAAGAUAACUCUUUACCAGUGAGUGAAUUUCUACUUAAUAACGGUAAUAUCGAAUGGCAACCACUUGCCCUUACUUUAGUUGAGUAUCCAAAAGGAGAUUGGCUGGGAAAGUUUUUUGCUUUUAUAAGCUUAUCCCCAUUUGGAAUCGGGGCUGGUUUUGUUGCUCUCAUUUUAUUUCGGCGAGAUCUUCACACUAUAGCUUUUUUCACUGGUACCUUGGUGAAUGAAGCUCUUAACAUAACAUUGAAACAUAUAGUAUGUGAGGCUAGACCUCUAUCCAGAGGGAACUUAUACAAUGAAUAUGGAAUGCCAUCAUCACAUUCACAAUUUAUCUGGUUUUUUAGUAUAUAUGUACUAUAUUUUGUCUUAAUCAGGUUACACCAUAUAAAUAACAAUAGUAUAAUAUCUGCCUUAUGGAGAGUAAUUAUUGUUGGUAGCUGUCUGUUCCUAGCCGUGCUUGUCAGCAUCGGAAGAGUUUACCUUCACUAUCACACAUCUUCGCAAGUGGUUGUCGGAGGUGUGGUUGGGUUCAUUUUUGCCACACUAUGGUUUAUCAUAGUACAUAGAGUAUUCACUCCACUAUUUCCUCAACUUGUUUCCUUGAAACUGUGUGAAAUGCUAAUGAUAAGGGACACAACACUAAUACCGAACGUUUUGUGGUUUGAAUAUACGACAUCGAGGCAGGAGGCGCGGGCGCGCGGGCGCAAGAUGGCGGCGCUGAAGCCGACGCAAUGA